AUGGUGCAACAGCAUUAUGCCAAGCGCUUCAUCCUUGACUCCAAGGAAGACCGCAAAAGCAUGGAAAUUCGCAGCAAGCCUGUGAAAUUCUUGAAUGAAGGAGACAAAGUGGCUUUGGUAUCGACAAAUCAUGGCGCUGACCGCCAGGUCUUGGCAAUUCUGGAAUACCAAGGUUGCUCAAAGAUCAAGAAGGCUGAUUUUCACAAGUACUUUCAACUACACCGAGUCACACUGCAGGAGAUUGAACAAUUCAAAUUUUGGGAAAAUAUGACUUCAGAUUCCACAGGCGGUUGCUGGGGCUGGCACAUGGAAGCAGUUCACAUAUUUGACCCUCCUUUGGUCUACCCAGUAAAGCCCAGUGGCGAGAUGACUUGGUUGUAUCUGAAAGUCGAUGAGCUUUGCUUGCCGCGAAUUCAACGCAAUGGAUCAUCUAGCAGUUCCCUACAUGAGCCCGUGGCUGACAUAUGCUCUGAAGAGUCUACACUCAAACACAAGAGAUCAUGGUCUUCCUCCUUUGCAAAUGAUAGUCUAGAUUCAUCAGCGAAGAAGGCCAAAGCCGGGACAAAUGAAUCCAAUGAGGAAAUUGAGGAUUCAGCCCUGCCUUGGAACUUCGAUGAUCCUGAUGAGCAAGUUCAUUGCAUUGUUCUGCAAGAGAGAGAGUUUGAUGGUAUUCUCAAAGGCCACCAGGGACUCCUAAGACCAUUCAAGAGCCGUGAGCUGAAUUUGUGUGCUUUGGUCCGGAGGGAGCAGGGAUAUGAUUUUGUUGGCAUUCUUAAUCUGUAUUCUUGCACGCCCGUUGAUGCCAAAGAGGCCGCCGAGAAGACUUCUACAGAGAUGUAUGGUAGGGCAGAGAUUGGGCUUAUGAAGACGAAGAAGGCCCUCUUCUACUGGAGUAUCCAGAAUUUUUGUGUCCUGCAGGAACGAAGCCCUGUGAGAUGGAUUGACAACGCCUACAAGAACCGGACUUUCACAAUGUCUGCUUCAAGAUUGUCCCCAAAGUAUGUGCAGGAGUCUGUCCAACCUGAUCUACGUCAUACUUGUUGUUACUUUAUGGAUGCAUGUGAUGCUGAGUUUGCGGAGCGCAUAGUCCAGAGUUUCAGCCAGUUGUCUGGUAAAUGCAUUCGAGUGGGCACUGCCUGCAGCGGCACCGACAUCUGCGACACAACGGUGCGAGUAGAGCAGAUCUUUGCAGUGGAGUCUGACCCAGAAAAACGGAGUUACCUGAUGAAGGAACAUCCACAGUGCCAGCACCUCUUUGACGAUGUAAAAGUAUUUGCAGAUGGUGAGGGCUUCUGCCACGUCUGCGGCCAGAUUCACGAGGUGAGCCCGCGCAACCUCCCCAUCGACGUCUUUAUUUGCGGUCCUAGCUGCAAGGACUUAUCUCGGCUGAACACAGCUCGAAGAGACAAGGUUGGGUGCUAUGAAGAGGAGGAUAUGAAUGAUUCCACUCUCUCCGGUAUUAUUGAAUCCACAUCCGGAAGUACCUACAAACUCGGGUUCCGGAAAGUCCUACAAGACUACUGCCCAUCAAUUGCCAUCUACGAGAACGUGCGCGCUGCAAACGAGCGCAGCAAAGACAAAAAUGGAACAAUUCAGCCAUCACCAGUGGAGGCUUUCACCAUCUUGGAUUCGCAGAAUUUUUUAGUGCCUCAGCGGCGCAACCGCGUGUAUGGCAUUGCUACACUCAUCAGUGGAGAAUCCAAACGCGAGGAGAUCAAGACCAAUUUCAUUGAUUGCGUGAAGUCAAUGCAGACCAACUUCCACUUCCCUGCGCAGACCAUCUUUGCAGCAUUGCCAGAGGAGCCACCCAAGAGAGGGCGGCAUGCAAAGCUAGUGGAGAUGGCGCAGGAGCAGCUCCCUGGGAAGAAGAACAUCUUUGUUGACUGCUCUGCCUCUCUGACACGCGUUACCCAUUGUGAAGAUGCAUGUCCCUGCUUGACUCCGGGACAUCCAGUGUAUUCCACUCUGCUACGGAGGUAUCUAGGUGGAGGUGGUAAAGCACCAUCUGAAACAUCUAUGGUGCCGGCUGCUUUAGAGAAUGUGGUGGCGGACCUCGUGGCAGAGCACAUUUCCCGUGGAGAGGAAUGUUCCUAUGCAUUUGUGAAGAACACCCUUCACACAGCUAUCCAGCAAUGGAAUGACGUGGUUGAGCAUGUCAGGGGAAAGGAUGUGAUGGAACUUCUGCAGCUUUGCGAUCUGACCCUGGACGAAGAUGACGCGGAGUCCCAUUUGGCAAAGAUCAACAAGCGUCUUUCCGAGGAGCUGAAACAUGCUGAGCGAAUAUGUCGGAAGUCUGGAUUUCUGAACCGGGCGAACCCGAAGCCCGGGAAGCAUCUCAGUCCUAAUCAUCCUCAACUUCUCCGAGUUAUUGAUUGGGUACAAAUGAUGAUCCAUCAGAAGAAAUAUCAUUUCCAGCUCAUCGGAAACUUCGAUCAGAUCUGGUCGAUGUGUUUUUUGCCGGCAAAGCAGACGCUGCAGAUGUCACUUCGGGAACCCGACGAACUCUCCAAGCGCAUUAGCCUUCGUCGGAUCAGACAUUGUGUGGAGCGUGUGCUGGGCAAGGAACCCACGGAGAAUUUGGAUGGACGUGGAGAAGUCAUUGCGAAGGACAUCUUGUGCGGCGACUCUGAGCAGAUGCAAAUUCCAGGAGGAUUUGGCGCGGCCGGCCAGCCGAACGAUGGCUGGCACCAGUAUCUCCACCUUCUCAACCGGAGCUAUUGUGCCGCGGCUGUUGGCUGGAGCAACAGCAUCCUCUCACGAAAGAAUGGCAAGCUCGUGUGGACAGCGUGGUUAAGCCGGGGUAUGAUCACGGAAGAACACGUGGCAAAGUAUCGAUUUGGAGGGAAUGUGGAACUCGUGCGGCAGCACCUCAAGAGCUCUAGGGACUCUAUGCAAGAGCUGCUUUCCCUUGUCGUGGCACCAGACAUGACCUCUGAUAAAGCAGAACUUGCCCAGCUGGAGGAUUUGAGGACAUGUCCAAUGCCGGGAGAACAGUGUUUGAUUUGGGCUAUCCAACCCCUGGAUGCUGCUGACGAUGUAUCAGGUCGACAGCCCUUGCCCCAAUGGAUUGCUACACCCGUGGAGAGGGCAGUAGCAAGAUGGGUGGAAGAGCAUCAGCGCUGGAUGGACAAGAUCGACCAGCGCCAAAUGGAUGGAAAACAAUUGACAGCACGGGCUCAGAAGGACUAUGAUGAGUGGUGUCAGCAUGCAUCAGAGGUUAGCAUGCUCUUCAGCAAAAGGUUGAUGGGUCUGGCCAAUCCACCUCGCAAAAAUGCCAAUCUAAGUCGUCUCAAGCAGGAGAUGUUCACGCUGACCCUGAACUUGAGCAUGGAUCCUCAUGAGCUACGACUCAGGGCAGGCUGUGGAGAACCCAGGAGGCUCAUGAUUUUGAAGGGGGAGCCGGAUGUGGGUGCGGACUUGCCGGAGUUUGUGAAUGAAGCGGUCGGCGAGGGCCUCGAGGAGGCUUUUGAGGAACAGCGUCUUCAUGAAGAAGAAAGCGGUGAUGAAUGUAUGCAUCCGGAUGAAAUCGAUGGGAAAGCUGAUGAGGACGAAGCUCUGUCCGAAUGCGAGGCACUUUUGGCAUGUGUGAAGUCGGUAUUGCAAGCGUAUAUGGGCAAGAACCAGCGCGACGCUGCUUGGCGGAUGCAGCUGCAGAAGGUCUUGACCGCUGAAGCUUCGCGUUGGGAGCUCCAAGAGCUCCAAGAGCAGCUCAGCGAGCUCCGCAGGCCGAACAGCAAAGCUGCGAUGGUCUUGCAGUGCUUGGAGGUGGUGUUGAUGAAGCUGCAGAGUGAGUCGCCCGCAAGGCUGGCGGCCCGUUUGGAGCUGCUGCUGGGCCCGGUCACGGAGCACGCGGCCUUGGAGAUUAAGGUGUGCAAAGAGCAUCGCCCCCGGCUGCUCGAUGACGUGGAGGUCCUGCAAGAACGACUGCGAGACUACCAAGAAAAGCUGAAAGUGAUGCAGCAGAGGCAGUUUGACCAAAAGGAAAGAGUUUAUCGCGAGUCCGAGAGAUCCCGCAGCAAGCUGGAAGAGGGCUUGCGAUUGAAGAAUCUGGAGGAGGAAGAGCUGCGCACCGCCGCGGAGUUGUAUCAGCUGGAGCAUCAGAAGUCUUGUGAGGUUGCCGAACUUCAGUCUCAGGAGCAGUCGACUCGACGACAACUGAUCUUCACAGAAAUGGAGGCGCUCACGGCGAAGCUGUCCAGGCUCAGGAAGGAGUAUGAGCUGGAGAAGCAAGCGCUGAGCAAGCUGCAACAGGAGGUGGCGCAAAUGGAGCACCAGAAACGCGUCGCAGCACUCCAGAUCGCUGACCUGCCUGAGAUGGAAGAGUGGGGGAAGCAGUUGGAGGCGAAGCGAGCCCGUCUUCAAGAAGAGAUGACGGUCCUUCUGGCACACGGCCGUCCGAGCACUCGCCGUGGUAGCAGCAAGGGCAGCAGCAAGACCAGGAGCAGUCUGAACACCAAGUUCUCGGUCACGUGA